UAUAACUAUAAUUAGCUGCUAGACCACCGUCGAGCAUCGCGAUCGCGUGCCCGUGCGAACUCUCGUCUUGAUCUUUCUUUCACUGGAGUCUACUACUGUUUACACCUAAAGGAUGAAGAAAGCUCCUCAGGGGAUGAAGCUGAAGGCGACUCCACCUCCUCGCGGGAUGGAGAUGGACAUGGACGACGAGAUAGACCAGUUUUUCGCAGGACUCGAUAAGGAGAACUAUCAGUCGAUCAACAUCGAAAAGCAAAAGCCUGCGGCUAAGAUGAAGAGCAAAAAGAAGGUUGUGACUCAUCAUCGUGCCCAAGACUUAGACGCAUUCGCAGCAGAAACCAUCAUCCAAAUCAACAACCAAAACCGCGUUGCUUUGGUCAAUCAAAGCUCCACCAUCAGCACUAGCACCGAAGGCAAAGCUACAACCACGACCACCACUGCCUCGUCCAAAACCGAGUCCACCACCAAGAUCAACAAGAACAAAUACAAUUCUGCUAACAACAAGGACAGUCGCAAAGUGUGCAAUUUGGAGAUGACUCCAAAGCCGCCUGGCAAGAACAACAAGAACAAGAUCAAGGACACCAAGAUGGGGAUGAAGCUGUAUCAGACGCGCAAUUACACCAAGCAAGAAGAGCGUAAGAAGGAGAAACACGAGAAGAUGAUGGCUGACCAGGAGUUUCUGCGCGAGAAGGGUUUAGAUUAUGGAAACGGAAUAGAGUAGCUCUAGCUCCUUGUUGAGGUUAUUUCGUUACUUAAGAGACUCAUUUAGUGCAGACGUAAUAGAGCUUUACCCUUUUGGUAACUUCUUUUCUUCCUCUGUUUUUGCGUUUGCGGGUAGCUUCGUGGUAUUCUGACACCUCAGAACUCUCUUACGACGUUCUACUCCUCGUCUCCUAGCUAGGACCCCUAGUACUCUCCAUCAUCAUCGUGUAGCUGUAGGGUAUAGGUUGAUCUUCCGGCUUUGUCAUGUAUUUGUCGUCAUUUCUCCAAGGCAACCUAAUAGAAAUAGAAAAGCAUCGUCGUGGUCGAGCGCUGUAAUCCUUCGCAACGUGAUCAACAAGAAUACGAAAGUAAGCUUGGAUGCAGAUGCUACUUCUUUUUCAUAGUCUAAGUCGAUUCCAGAGUAGGGCCUUCUGCUGCAGAUUCGCCUUCAUAGAAGAUAGAACUCGAUUAGAAAGAGUUGGGGCAGUUUAUGCUGAAGAGUCAGAUUUCUGCAUCUAGACUUUCCUCUAAACAAGCGGCCGCGGAAAAGCAGUGAAAGAGCGCACUAUCAUGAUGAAACUCACUCAGACAGAAGCGGCUGCCGUGCAUCAGCUGCGUGAGUACAAGCAGAUGGGAUACGAAGUCCUCGGCGUCACGCACACGGAGCCGGUGAAAAAAAAAGGUCCAAAGGCCUCCGACGAGUUCCCACCUCGAUCCGAGAUCCCGGUAGUACUUGUUCUUUCAUUUAAUGAAAGUAUAGGAGUCAUUCCCGUUUCAUUUUUUGUUCUGUUAGAGACUGGGGUGUAGAUGCAGUAUCUCGAAUGUUCAGUCUGUAUGGUGUAAUAGAUCAAAGAUGAAAACUGUCUGCAGGAGGGUCACAUUCGAAAAUCUCCCGCUCAUCAGAGAUGAAGGAGGAUGAGCGCACGCAUGAAGGCUUGCAAGGUCGGGCGCUUCUUCAGACAGCGCCACGGUCGUCUUUCUCACCUCCACGCGCCCACUGCCAGCCGGGGUCGCUUCUUCCCAGUAGGGGGGAAUGCUUACAUAGACCAGUGGGCGCCGCAUGCCCGGCGUGGGCGGGAUCGAAAGUGUGCCUGCUGUCACUGCGAGAAACACAACAGGGACCUGCUUCUGUCGCAGCUGUCUGCGCUACCCCGGAGAGCCUCAAACGGAAGGCGGCGCAGAAUGCUUAACGCAACUCAUUGAGUUGGACAGAAAACACCGACCACAGGCGACACCAACCCGGCAGCUGGUCAAACACUCUAGCCCGCAACCACUAAUCGACCAGGCUGGAGGUGGCCAAUCAUGCAGCCAACAAUGUCGCCAGGAAGAGGAAGGCAGCCCGCCGGGUGUGUAGCCCAAUGACCCAGACAGACUACGGGGUGAACAACCAAACAGACAACCAAGCGAGCAACCACGCUACCAGAGAAGGGGCCAACCAUACACAGACUGACUCUUCUUACUGCUUAGCGUUAGCCAUAAGCGAACAACAUCGAUGGCGAGGAGAUUCGUAGCACGUGCUAGUGCUUUAUGCUCGACUGACGCACUUCUAUCUCGUUGUUGUUAUUCUCUAUUCACCGAGUGUUAUGCAUCGCCUAGGGCAGAUAGUUUUCAUGUCAGCGAUAUAAGUAUGGUUCACGAAUGGAAAGAUGUUUUCUAUUGCUGCGCAUCACCUUCACAAAUUUAGUGAGGUUAGCUGUGGAUAAGUUUCCAUCAGCACUUUAUUUCUUGUAAUCCAAUCUUUCACUGACUCAGUUGAACAAGCGGACAGACCUGGUCGAGCAGCAGCUGAUGCUCGUCGAGCUCAUGGACAAGGAGAAAGCCAAAGAUGCACAGCGCCAGGCCGCUGGACUCGAACGCAAGCCAAAAAAACGAGCACCCGUGCCCUUGGACGCGUUCAUGUCCGAGUCACCGGAAAAAAAGCGCCGCAACUCAUUAUGGAGGCUCUUCAGCUGCACAACCAGAAACAGUGAAGCUGCUGUUAUAUCUAAAGUUUUUUACUAUCUACCGUGUUGUCAAGAAGUGGGGUCAGCCGUGCUCUCUUCUUCAAUUAUAACUAUUUAUAUAACAUGACGUUGAUCAUGAAAGCAUAACGCAAAAGAGCUCGACGCCACGUCGACAGGACUAGUAAGGCGUGGCGCGUUCUGCUCAGUAUCAGCUUCUGGAUCGAACUAAGCUUUGUAUAGACCAUCCCUUCUGCCUCUCUCAUCGUCGAUCGUCACGAAGAAAAAGCCACCCCGCUGGGAGAUGUAUCAGGGACCUGACAGCAUCGGCAUGCGCCUCAUCGAGUCGACGACGGAUUCCGAUGACGACUACAUCGUGCCACGGGGCAACAACGACAGCAAUAAGACCAAUAUCCACCAGAACAACAACAACAACAACAACAACAAGAACAACCCAGCUGGUGGUCUGGGUGCAAGCUCAAGCAGCUCCUCCUCCAGCAACGUCAAUCGCGGCGCUGGAUAUGGACUCUCUUAG